GGGCCGGUCCCGCCCCGCCCCGCCCGCCGCCGCUACCGGAAGGGCCCGGCCGGGCCGUGCGCACCCGCCGCCGCCAGCAUGAGCGAGACGGUGGUGUGCAGCGCCCGCGCCACGGUGAUGCUCUACGACGACGCCAACAAGAAGUGGGUGGCGGCGGGCAGCGGCCCCCAGGCCUUCAGCCGGGUGCAGCUGUACCGCAGCACCGGCGGCGCCCCCGCCUUCCGCGUCGUCGGCCGCAAGAUGCAGCCCGACCAGCAGGUCGUCAUCAACUGCGCCAUCGCCAAGGGGCUCAAGUACAACCAGGCGACGCCGAGCUUCCACCAGUGGCGCGACGCCCGCCAGGUCUGGGGCCUGAGCUUCGGCUCGCGCGAGGACGCCGCCCUCUUCGCCGCCGCCAUGCUCCAGGCCCUGGAGGCCCUGGAGGCGGGUCCUGCUCAGCCCUGGCCUGUCCCCAACGGCCCGUCCCCAGAGGAGCCGGAGCAGCAGAGGAGGCCGGAGGAGCCGGAGCGGCGCGCGGCCAGCGCAGGCGCCCCGGCCCUGGCCGCGGGGGGGCCCCCGCCACCCCCCGGCCCCCCGCCGCCCCCGGGCCCCCCCCCACCGCCGCCAGGGCCCCCCCCCGGCACCGCCGCCGGGGUCCCACCGGCCCCCCCCCUGCCCGGGCCUGCCGCCGCCGGGGGGGGCACCGGGGGGGGGACUGGCUUCGCCGCCGCCAUCGCCGGCGCCAAACUCAGGAGAGUCGGGAAGCAGGACGAGGCACCCGGUGCGGCGGCAGCGGCCGCCCCCCCCAAGGGUGACAGCGCCCGUGGGGGGGCGGGGGGGGGGCUCAUGGAGGAGAUGAGCGCCAUGCUGGCCCGACGGAGGAAAGCCACGCUGCAGGGGGACAAACCAGCGCCAAAGAGGGACGAGGACGCCACCAGCCUGGACGACGCGGAGCCGGCGGGCGCUAGGACCGCGGGGCAGGCGGCGGAGCCCGUCCGGAGGCCCUGGGAGAAGGCCAGCACCACACUGCCCCGGAUGAAGUCGGCCAUGCCCGCGGCCCCCGCCGAGCCCCCUGGCACCACCACCGACGAGUCGGACCUGGAGCGCAUCAAACAGGAGCUGCUGGAGGAGGUGAGACGGGAGCUACAGAAGAUGAAAGAGGAGAUCAUCGAAGCGCUGGUGGCGGAGCUGCGGAAGCGGGGUUCACCCUAGCCCCCCCCCCCCACCCCCCAGCCACGGGACCACCCCCCCCCAGGCUGGGCCGGGCUGAGGGGGGAGGAGGGGGCUGCCGCUACCCCCCCACACCUUCCCCCCCCCCCGGGGCUGGUCCCGGCCGUGGGGCCCUGCGCUGCCCCCCACGCACACCCCUUCACACCCCUCCAGCCUCGUGCCCCUGCCGUGGGGCGGGGGGGCCCCCCGGGCUGCCCCCUGCCCCCCAGGCUGUGCCUUACCGGCCGGGGGGCAGCACCCACGGGGCCCCCCCUCACUGUGCCCACACACACACACCCCCCGGUGGCACCCGCACCCACCCUUUCGGUUGGGACCCUCUCCACUUUUUUUGGGCUUCUUUUAUACUUCUAGGGUGCGGGGGGGGGGGACACCCCCAAUCUCCCCCCCCCCCGCACCAGGCAGAUUCGGGGUCUUUUUUACACCGCUCUUGUUUUUUUCACUUUUUUUUAAUUUGGGUUUUUGGGGUAGGGGAAAAAUGCGGGGGUGCUCCCCCCUCCCCCACACCAGCACCCCCACCCCCCACCCCUGGGUGCUGCGGGGGUGGGAGGGGGGAGCAGUGGGAGGGGGAGCAACCAGCCGCCCCCCCCCCCCCCCCCGGCGCCGCUCGCGAAUAAACCCGGCGUUUUGUACGUGC